AUGCCUCGCAUAUUGGACGAACCGGACGAAGAUUAUGAAGAACCAAUUCAAAAUCUAAAUAAAGAAGAAAUUCCAAAAGAAAUGCCUAUGCAGUUAUCGGAAUCCACAUUAUCAACGACCACUACGUCUGCCGAGACAAUAACUACAUACGAGAGGUGAGUAUAUCCAAAAGUUUUUUUUGUUGCAUUGUUUUAAAUUUUUUUUGCGUAUAAAAUUAAUAAUUUUACGUACAUUUUAGAAAUACUGAUAAAAAAUUUAGCUUACAUGUUUAAAGUUACGUUUUAUUUUCAUAUAAGAAUUUAAAUCGAUUUCUGCUUUAAAGUCUUUCGACUUUUUGUAUUAUAAAUUCAUUAUUUUUUCAUGCAUUCUAUAGUUAGAAAAUUGAUCGCAACUCUCGUAAUGUUUUAAUAGUUAAAAUUGUAAAAAUUUGAUUUUUUUCAGUACAACAACUCGAGAAUCAGUGGGGAAAUUUAUACAAGACAAAGCCGUCGAUUUGAAAGAUCGAGUUAAAGAAAAAGUUAUGGAAAAAACAGGAAGUAUGUUUUAAGUUUGAAAGUUGUUAAUAGUUAUUCGCUGUUUGAUCGUUACAUUUUAUUUAAAAUGAAAUUAGAUUUAUAGGAAUUUCUUCUUGUAAUAUAUUACAUAACAAAGUAAAAAUUUACACGAUUUUAGUGCCAGAAUGGGGAUUUGUGUUUUUUGGAAUAAUCGUUCUUUUAAUUGUGUUACUUUUGGCAUUUCUACUUAUACGAAAAUUAUUUGGCAAGAAACGGCAUGGUGAAAAAAACAAACAAAAAAGUGGUGGUAUAAAAGGAUUCUUUGGCAUUGGCAACAAUAAGUCUGGCCAGCCUGAUUUGUUUGACACCAAUAAGGCAAGUAGUAUAGAUUUAUAAUUUUUUAAGAAACUAAAAAAUGUUAAUUUUUAUAACAUACGCUUAAGAUUGCUUUUUAUAUUAAAUUUUUUUAGCUAGCCACAGAUUUAGAAGGAUUACAAGAACAUAUGGAAGAAAACGAAAAAGAACAAGCGGAAGAGAAGGAAGAAAUUAAUUUAGGGAGAAUCCAAUACAAACUUGAUUAUGACUUUCAACAAGGCCAGGUUAGAAAUUAAUGUUCACAGCCUAGGAUUUUUGCAGAUACUAAAAAAUAUUAUUAUAAGGUUAAACUACUAGUGUUGUUUUAAUUUUGGUUUUAUCCUAAAAUAUAUUUUAAGUUGGCAGUCACCGUUAUUCAAGCUGAGAAUUUACCUGGUAUGGACAUGAGUGGAACAUCAGAUCCUUAUGUCAAGUUGUAUUUGUUGCCAGAAAAAGAAGAAAAAAGUGGAAACCAAAGUUCAUCGGAAAACGUUAAAUCCUGUAUUUAAUGAGACCUUUAUCUUUAAAGUUGCGUUCAACGAAAUUGGUAAUAAGACUUUGGUAUUUAACAUAUAUGACUUUGAUCGUUUUUCAAAACAUGAUCAAAUAGGCCAGGUUUUACUUGCUCUUGGAAAGAUUGAUCUUGGACAAGUUAUUGAAGAAUGGAAAGACAUUCAACCACCUCCAGAUGACAAGGAAGCCGUAAGAGUUAUAAGUCUUUUAAACGUUUUUGGAAUCUCUUGUAGGUCACUUAGAUACAAAAGUGUCAAAAAUUAAUUUUUCUUAUUUAUUUGGGCUGCUUGAACGCCUAAAAAAUGACUCUUAAAUAUAAAUUUGGUUUCAGGAGAAAUCAUUGGGCGACAUAUGUUUUUCAUUGCGUUACGUACCUACGGCUGGAAAACUAACUGUUGUAGUGCUUGAAGCAAAAAAUCUAAAAAAGAUGGACGUUGGUGGUUUGUCAGGUAAUUUUUGUUGGACACAUAACAAAAUAUGCAAAAGUAUUUUAGUUUGUAAAGUUUUUUAACAUAAGAUAAAAAAAUAAGAACUUCAAAUUUUCAGAUCCCUACGUUAAGAUAGUGUUAAUGCAAGGCGGUAAAAGGUUGAAGAAAAAGAAAACGUCAAUUAAGAAGUGCACUUUGAAUCCAUACUACAACGAAUCAUUUAGUUUUGAAGUGCCUUUUGAACAAAUUCAAAAAGUAAGCUUGAUGAUUACGGUAAUGGAUUACGAUAAAUUGGGAUCAAAUGAUGCUAUUGGGAGAUGUAUACUGGGUUGUUCUGGCACUGGAGCUGAGUUGCGACAUUGGAUGGAUAUGCUGGCUUCGCCGCGUCGCCCGAUCGCUCAAUGGCAUACGUUAGGUCCAGUUGAAGACGAAAAGCCUGAGCCAGCCAAAACAUAG